GCUGGACAACAAACGGACGGACUUUGGCGAAAACAAUUAGAACUUAGAAGACAAGACACAAUAAUACCCGAAACUAAAAUACAUACAUGCCCCUUUAUCAAAGCAAAAGACGGUAACACCCUCGUCGGGGCAUUCGAUAAAGGGAACUUUGGCUGUGUCCCGGAAUAACAAUCCACCCUUAGCGCCCCAGCUACACCGCGCCGAUGACGCCGCCUCCAGACGAUGAUUGGAUCCGCUCUUAUCAACGAUUGCUUCCCCAGUCGCAGUCUCUUCACGCUUCCCACCGGUCAGUUAUACCGGUUGCAAUCUCUAGAGUGAAUCAGUUUGACGCUGCACGACUAGAUGUUGAAAUGUCAGCCAUGUUGAAGGAACAGUUGGUUAAGGUUUUCACUUUGAUGAAGCCAGGAAUGCUCUUUCAAUACGAACCAGAACUUGAUGCUUUCCUUGAGUUUCUCAUUUGGAGAUUCUCUAUUUGGGUUGACAAACCCACUCCCGGAAAUGCUCUCAUGAACCUUAGAUACAGAGAUGAACGUGUAGCAGCCGAACAAUUCGGUUUAGUCAGAACAGGACUUGAAGGACCCGGCCUUACUGCUCCUCAAAAGAUUUGGUACUGUGUUGCCUCCGUUGGUGGUCAGUAUCUCUUCUCCCGUUUGCAGUCCUUUUCUGCUUUCCGUAGAUGGGGUGAUUCUGAGCAGAGACCAUUGGCAAGGCGACUUUGGACCGUCAUACAGCAUAUCGAAGGCAUCUACAAAGCUGCUUCUUUUCUUAACCUAUUGUCUUUUCUUUAUACCGGAAGGUAUAGGAACCUCAUUGAAAAAGCUUUAAAAGCUAGGCUUGUCUAUAGGAGUCCCCAUAUGAAUCGAUCUGUCAGCUUCGAGUACAUGAACCGCCAACUUGUGUGGAAUGAAUUUUCGGAAAUGCUUCUGUUACUUCUUCCGCUGCUCAACUCUUCAGCUGUUAAGAAUAUUCUUAGUCCAUUUGCCAAGGACAAGUCCUCAAGCAGUAAAGAGGAUACAGUGAAUUGCCCUAUUUGCCAAGUGGAUCCUGCAAUUCCGUUUAUUGCUCUGCCUUGCCAGCACAGGUACUGUUACUACUGCAUAAGGACCCGCUGCGCUUCAGCAGCAUCGUUCCGGUGUCUUAGAUGUAACGAGCCUGUGGUUGCCAUACAACGGGAAGGUGUUUCAAGUGGCAAAUGAAUGGAAGUGGGGAAUUGUUGAGUCAUGCCACCAAGUCUAGAAGAGCAAGCAGAUGCAAGUUACUAGAAGUGUAAAAAAGCCAGGCAAGCAGCCGCAAGCAGAGAAGAAUCUGAUAGGUUUUUACAGACUAUACAAUAAGGGAACAUCAUGCAUGUGAUGCAAGAAAGAAGUUUAGAUAGGUGCAUUUCUGUACAUGGAUUCAAAACCUAGCAUUAUUGAACUUGGGUCUUGUCUUAUUACAAAAUCUGUUGAAACGUUGGCUAUACUUGAAUAAUAUCCAUUUCUUACAUGUU